CAAUAAACAAGCCGCACUGUGGUUUAUUCCUUGCGAAUUAAUAGUUAUUCAAUAUUGUCCUGGAAUUUUGAGGUAGAAUGCUGAUUUUAUGAGUCAAGAUUUGGAAGCAAUCAUUGAUACUGGGCAUUACAUCAGAAUAUAAAUACAGCUCUGGAGGUGCACCUUAACGAUGCAAACUAAAAAAAAAAUCCGAGCAGGGCCCCAAAAGGUCAUUGCUGCCUUCUGCUUGCUGGUCAUUCUAUAUUUCGUUAUUCAGACGUUUAUACUCGACACAAGACAACCGAGCAUGCAUAAAAAGCAAUACGUCGUCAAUAACCAAACUUAUAAUUACAAUCGACAGAUGCCACUUAUCUUUAUCGGUGGAGUACCAAGAUCUGGAACGACGUUGAUUGGCGCCAUGUUGGAUGCUCAUCAAGACAUCAGAUGUGGCCAAGAAACUCGAGUGAUACCCCGUUUACUGCAGAUGCGUGCUAAUUGGAUGAAGUCCGAAAAAGAAUCCAAGCGCCUAAUAGAAGCAGGUGUGGGUGGCGAAGUCUUGAACUCCGAAAUAGCUGCUUUUAUGUUGGAAAUUAUUGUCAAGCAUGGAGAACUUGCUCCUCGACUUUGCAACAAGGACCCACUAAUAAUGAAGAUGGGCAAGUACGUCGCUGACUUAUUUCCAGAAGCAAAGUUUAUUUUUAUGGUGCGUGACGGCCGUGCCACAGUGCACUCAAUAAUUUCUCGCAAAGUGGGCAUAACCGGCUUUAACCUGACCAAUUAUAAACAAUGUAUGGAAGAAUGGAACAGAGUUAUAGAUGCAAUGAACACACAGUGCCAGGAAAUAGGCCAAAAGUGCUUGCGAGUACAAUACGAACAGUUGGUGCUACACCCACGCAAAGUAAUGUCGAAUAUUCUGCAAUUCCUGGAUGUUCCAUGGGAUGAAUCAGGGCUGCAUCACGAGGACUUUAUCAAUAAAGGAGUUAAAGUGAGCAAAUUAGAACCAUCGUCGGAUCAAAUAAUCAAGCCUAUAAAUAUGGAGGCCCUUAGCAAAUGGACAAGCUAUUUUCCUGAAAACGUAUUGAAAGAGAUGGCAAACAUUGCCCCUAUGCUUUCGGUGUUGGGGUACGAUCCGUAUGCUAAUUCACCAAAUUAUGGACAACCAGAUGUUGAGGUUGUUAAAAAUACGCAAGACGUUCAGGGCAAUAAAAGUCUCUGGAACAAAAUUGCCAAGGAAUUGAGACGAAGUUUUAGGAUUUGGACGACCCAACUGUUGAAACAGUGUCCAGCUAAAGUACGAAUUUGUCCUAAGAACAUACGAUUUUUUUCAAGUUUAAAUUGUGGAUUUCCCUUUUCAAUAUUAUGUGUUGUUAAGUCAUGGGCGAAGUUAGGGGGGGCUCGGAGGGUUUAAGCCCCCCCAAAAACCGAUUUAGCCCCCCCCAAAAAUAAUUCGCACUUCAUCACACACACACAUAUUAGAAAAUAGAAAUUACAAAAAACCAAACAUACUAACAUCUAUUUUCUAUUUUUUUUUUUUUUCAAUUAUCAUACCUACUUUAACUAACCUAUACUUUAUUUUUUUCCAAGCUAGAUUUUGGCAUUGCCAAUUUUGAAACAUAAACAAUGCCACUAAUGCCGCUUAUUGGUCGCUAUUGUAAAACUGAUGUCAACCUGCAGAAACACCGCAUUUUGCGACCAAUUAGGGUCAAGCGUUAUUGUUUAUGUUUCAAAGUUUUCAAUGUCAAAAUCUAUCUUGGGAAAAAAUAAAGUAUAGGUAUGUGCAUUUAAACAUUUUCGGUUCAGUCUCAAUGUAAUUUGAGCCAAUUCUGAUGUUAGGAGAUCGACCAUGGGUCAAGAUCGAUUCAGUUUCUUAGCUCUUGCUAACAUUAAAAAUGGUAUUACAAAAUCUCUGAUGUUAGAUGAUGUUCUGGAAGAAUUUAUUAAUUCAGGAAAUCGGAAGCUGUUACUUCAAUAAAUGUGUACAAUAAAUGCUGUUGUAUUUUUUAAUUGUUGUUAUUUCAGCAAUAAUUACUAUUACUUCUUCAAAUAAUCAUCCAGCAUUCUUUAUAACAUGGACCUUUUAUUAAUAAUUAUUACAAUUAUAUUGACAAAUUGACAAUUCUAUGACAAUCUACCUGAAGACUAGUGCCCUGUCUAUCAUAGAAAAGUGAUUUAUAAAUUCUUAAAUAGAACAUUCACUGGAUUCAUCCCCUCCACUUUUUGUUUUAGUUCAUGACUACACCGCUUUGCGCCCAUAUCGCCGUUUCUUAACGUCCCCCUCGUUUUUAUUCUAAUCUGUGAUUUCACCGGUGAGUUAGCUAUCUUUGUUUACUGGAUAGGAAAUGACAAUGACCGACAUAGAAUGGUGGAUAUAAAAACCGGUCAUAAAAACGCAGGUCCAUUUGACAUAAUAAAAUAAUGCAUAUGUCAUCUGAAUUAAUUUGUUGAGUGCAUCGUCAUUGAUUGUUUUGAAUUCCAAGACUGUGAAAGAAUUAAUAAGUGCAUCACAAGCAGCCGGUUUAAGAGUUGUUGCCACAAUGUGUGACCAGGCGGCAAAAAAUAAAUCGGUCAAAAGCAAAUUGCAGCCACAGACCAGGGAAAUCUACAUCAAGAACAACACAGAAACAGAAAUUUUGGUUUUGUUGGAGAUAAACAACCUAGUGCCACUGUAUGAUGCUCUAUAAUACAUGCUCGAGGCAAUUAUAAAUUACUUGAUCAAAUAUAGCUUAUGAGUCAGAUACGCCAAAUCAUCUAGAUUAUAGACUAUUUUAUUCAUUAAGUGAUCCUCACAAAUAUAUGAAAAUAAAAUGUAUAAAAUUUUAGUUUAUGAAGUUUUGAAGCACUGUUUUAUUUUGAAAUAAUUGAAAUGUCAAACGAGUCAUUUGAAACCGAGAUUCAAACGGCCCGCCAAAUAUUAGUUCAAUGACUACACCGCUAUGGCAGCACCGUCGGAAAUGUCACUGGGCGACUACAACAGAAGUGAGCGUUCUAUAUCAAGAAUAUAAAUCACUUUUCUAUGCUGUCUAUUGUUUCAGAAAACACAAUUUCGGAAACCCUAGUGAUACAAAUUGAUACAAACAUGAUACAAACUAACAAACUUCUCAUCAAGAAAAGCAUUACAAAAUAUUUAAUUUCACAACACCCUCUCUUAAUGCUUUGCUUGAGCUCUAUAAUAAAAUAUACAGCAGUCAAAAUAAACUAAAAAAAAAAUAUACUAAAUUCUAAAUUCAAUCCCUCUCUGAUUUGUAACCGUCCCUAUCUUAUUGCAAUUUAAGUAAAACUGAGUUUUGUGAAGGCGCUUUGUCAAUAUAUCUGCCAAUUGAGGUUUUGUACCAAUAUACUCCAAUGUCAUUAUCUUAGAAUUUAAAGCUUCACAAACAAAAUUAUACUUUAGAUCAAUGUGUUUAACUCUCUUGUUAUUUUCUGGAUUUUUGAUUAAAGCAAUACAACCCUGAUUAUCCUCAAAAAGUUUGAAUGUUUUAAAAUCUAAUUUCAUGUCAAUUAACAAUUUCUUAUACCAUAAACAAUCUUGUACUGCUGUACACAAGGCAACUAACUCAGCCUCUGAACUAGAGAAAGCUACACAAUUUUGUUUACGAGAUACCCAAGUUAUAGUAUUUACAAAUAUCUGUAUUAAAUAUCCUGAAACCGACUUCCUAUCAUUCACAUCUCCGGCCCAAUCAGAAUCUACAAAGCAAACAAACGGAGUUGACCCAUCCUUUCUUUCAAACUUCAAAACUGUAUUAAUCGUCCCCUUCAAGUAUCUCAAUAGUCUUUUUAAAGCUGUCCACACCUCAUCAUUAUUUUUGUCUUGAAAUCUACUUAGAUAAUUAACUGCAAAGCUUAUAUCUGGCCUUGAACCCAUUAAUAAAUACAUAAGACAACCAAUCAAUUGUCUUACAGGUUUGUCCCCUUUUUCGUUUUCAUUUAAGAAAAUUUUUAACUUUGGAUCAAUUGGUGUUGGUGAACUAUUACAAUUUUCAAAAUUAAAACGCUUUAGAAUUCCCAUUAAAUAUCUUUUUUGACUUAUCUCCAAAAUUCCCUCUUGUCUUUUGUAAUUA